CCACCAGCAGGCGGAACCAGGGAGGAACCGUCGGGAUCAGAGCUGCGCCUCUGCCGACGCCGCGUCGACAGACACGCGUUUAAUCUCUUUAAAAAAAAAAGAGAAAGAAAGCCAGAAAGAAAGAAGAAGGAUUUACUUCUCCACAAGCGACGGAUUGCGUGAAGUUCGGUGCCUGGACGCCGGGAGGAGGACGGUCAUGAUGGCGCAGCAGCGCACGGCGAUCCUGCUGCUGCUGGCGGCGACCUUGACGCUCGGAGCCGAGGUGCCUGUGGACGACACCGUGGGCCUCGUCACUGAGCCUCAGGUGGCCAUGUUCUGCGGGAAGUUGAACAUGCACAUCAACGUGCAGAGCGGCGAAUGGGAGUCCGACCCCUCGGGCACCAGGAGCUGCAUCGGUACCAAAGAGGGCAUCCUGCAGUACUGCCAGCAGAUGUACCCGGAGCUACAGGUCACAAAUGUUGUGGAGGCCAACCAACCCCUCAGCAUCUCCAACUGGUGCAAGAAAGGGCGCAGGCAGUGCCGCAGCCACACACACAUCGUGGUGCCGUAUCGCUGCUUGGUUGGGGAAUUUGUCAGCGACGCUCUUCUGGUUCCUGACAAGUGCAAGUUCCUGCACAAGGAGCGUAUGGACCAGUGUGAGAGCCACCUGCACUGGCACACCGUGGCCAAAGAGUCCUGCGGAGACCGCUCCAUGAAUCUCCAUGACUACGGCUUGCUGUUGCCGUGUGGCAUCGACCGUUUCCGAGGGGUGGAGUUCGUGUGCUGCCCGGUGGAAGCGGAGCGUGAAUCAGACAGCGCAGAGCCGGAGGGGGAGGAGUCCGAUGUGUGGUGGGGCGGAGCCGAGGCCGAAGACUCUGACAACAGCCUGACGCGUCCGGCUGACACGGAGCCGGCCACUGCGGAGGAUGACGAAGACGAUGAUGAAGACGAAGCCUUUGAGAGGGAUGAGAAUGGAGAUAUCGAUGAGGACGAGGACGAGGAUGAGGAUGAGGACGACGACGAGGAUGAGGACGACGACCUGGUUGAUGAACGAGACAGUGACGAGCGCAGCCCGAACGUUGCCAUGACAACCACCACCACCACCACCACGGAGUCUGUUGAGGAAGUCGUGCGAGCGGCGUGCUGGGCCCCUGCCGAGUCAGGUCCAUGCUACGCCAUGCUGGAGCGCUGGUACUUCCUACCCGAGAGGGGCCGCUGCGUUCCCUUCUUAUUUGGGGGCUGCGGCGGCAACAGGAAUAACUUUGAGUCAGAGGAGUACUGCCUAGCAGUCUGCAGCAGCUCGCUGCCCACUAUGGCCCCCAGUCACCUGGAUGCUGUGGACUGGUACCUCGAAUCUCCCGGCGACGACAAUGAACACACGGACUUCCAGAGGGCCAAAGAAAGCCUGGAGGCCAAACACCGUGAAAAGAUGUCCCAGAUGAUGAGGGAGUGGGAGGAGGCUGAGAGACGGGCCAAGAGCCUUCCUCGGACCGAGAAGAAAGCCGUCAUUCAGCGCUUCCAGGAGAAGGUGGAGGCUCUGGAGCAGGAGGCGGCACAUGAGAGACAGCAGCUGGUGGAGACGCACAUGGCCCGGGUGGAAGCGCUGCUCAACAGCCGCCGACGCAUCGCUCUGGAAAACUUCCUUAAUGCUCUGCAGGCUAAUCCUCCCCGGCCUCGUCAGGUGCUGAGCCUGCUGAAGAGGUACGUCCGUGCCGAGCAGAAGGACAAGCAGCACACGCUGAAACACUACGAGCAUGUCCGUGCCGUCGAUCCCAAGAAGGCUGCGCAGAUCCGACCUCAGGUUUUGACUCACCUGCGUGUGGUUGAUGAGAGGAUGAAUCAGUCGUUGGGUCUGCUCUUCAAGGUCCCCAGUGUUGCUUAUGAGAUCCAAACCCAAGUCGCGGUUAUCGUGCAGAGAGUUCAGUCGGAGCUGUCCCAGCAAGUCUCCUCCCUGCAGAGCGACGGACGGGUGGACGGCAGGGUGAGUUACGGCAACGACGCGCUGAUGCCGGAUCAGGCUUACAGCUCUGCCCCGCUGGACCCGGGCCUGGACGGACUGGGCUUCAUCCACCCCGAGAGCUUCAACCAGCCAAACACAGAGAAUCAUGUUGAGCCCGUUGACGCGAGUCCAAAUCAAGACAGAGGACUCCCAACACGACCUGUUUCUGCCCUGAAGCCGGAGGAGAUGCCAGAGGUUCGGAUGGAUAAUAAAGAAAGGCAGAGUGCUGGUUAUGAAGUUUACCAUCAAAAACUGGUGUUUUUUGCCGAGGAUGUGGGAUCCAAUAAGGGCGCCAUCAUCGGGCUUAUGGUUGGAGGGGUCGUCAUAGCAACUGUCAUCGUCAUCACGCUGGUGAUGCUGAGGAAGAAGCAGUACACUUCCAUCCACCACGGCGUGAUCGAGGUGGAUGCAGCCGUGACACCCGAGGAGCGUCACCUGGCCAAGAUGCAGCAGAACGGCUACGAGAACCCCACCUACAAGUUCUUUGAGCAGAUUCAGAACUGAAGACCUCCUUGCCAACGUUUCCCCCAGACGUGUCCCAGGUCCAGCCCACCCCUCCCCCUCGCCCCGCUCUGCUCUCGACCCCCGACCCCCGACCUCAGCCCCUCCAUCGUCAGUCACCAUGUUCGGGGGGGUGAGGAUUACAACAAAGGCCGACAUUUAUCUUUCAUAGUAAAGUAAAGAAACACCUUUGCAUCUCUCAGUCGAGGUUUUCGGGCCAAAGUAAUCUCUCCUUAAGUCUCUUUUCCCCCUGAUUGUUAAGUCUCCCAUCAGCUGGCUAGACAAGGGUCCCCCGAUUCACCUGCACACUUCAGCCAAAACAUGCGCCUCCAUAGUGUUUAUACUGCAAGAACGCCCCCGUUUAUAUAUGACGCCACUGCAGUAGCGCGCUCACCCCGACCACAACCCCCCCCCCAACACCCCUCACAGAGGAGAGAUGAGGGCUCUUAGAGCUGUUUCAGGUGUGUUUUACAAAAAAAAGAGCAAAAAAAAUGCAGAAAAAUACGUUAAGAUAUAUAAAAGCUGAAAAAUAUUUAAUGUUUUUGAUUUUUAUGUGUAAAAUAUCAAGAAUUAAGAUUAGCUGUGAGUAUAUGUAGUGCAUGGCGAUAUUGAUGACUGAUAAAGCAUACUUCACGUGGAGGUUCCUCAGGGGCCGGUGGUCCUCGCCUGAGAUACUUUUAGCAGGAUUGUAUAUUUUUCGUGUCUUCUUUGUGAUCUUGUGAUAUGGAGAAGAAAAAGACUAUUCAGAGUCCGGUCUGCUUCACCGCCACCCAGACUUGCUUUAACUGACUUCUGGCUCUUUCUGCUCAUCUCACUGUUGCAUUAGCUGCAUGGGCCAAAAACGCUCUCUAUGUCUGUAAUAUAUGACGUGUAAUAGUGUCGGAAGGACAAUUGAUUGUGUUCCUGUUUGCGUUCUAUGCACUCUGUCAUUUUUGAACUGAUUUGCCACCAAAUAUUGUUAUUAAAGUUAAUUCUCUGUCAUUAGCACUUGAGGAUUAAUGUAAAACUGGAAAAAAAAAAAAAGAAAAAAAGAAAGGUUUUUAGGAAAGUGCAUCAUUCCAGGUUGUGCUCUCUUGCCGUCUUGAUUGUAAAUAUUUAAAUGAAGGAAAAGUCUGGCUCUCAUUGCCCCCAUUUUCGUUAUCGCUUCUCGUGUUUUCUCUCGGUUACCAUUGUUGAGACGUGCCAGCAUUAUUGUACAGCGCCGGAGUCUGUGCUUAUUUAAUAAGACGGGACUCGCUGAUGUUUUUCCUCGAAGGUUCGGCCUCCUUUCAAAAACACAUUCCUUCACCAAAUCUCACAUUCUAUUUUUCUACAUUUGCUGUGUAUACAUGUACAGUGCUUCUGUUUGCCCAGUGCUGAAUGUUUCUUUGCCUGCAGAUUUGUUGUGUCUCCAGUCAAACGUAAACGAAUCACGACCAACGUCUCACUUUCUCGGACAUGUUCACCUCUUUCGGAAAGGGACGGUAAACAUGAAUGUGACAUGCAUAUCCUGCGUCAUUAAAAGAAAUACAACACAUAUCACCUCUACACAUGUACAGACACCAAUCAAAGCUCUUAAUCAGGUGAAUGUUCAGGAUUUGUAUUGAUGUUCACGUGGGGCGUCUUUGGAGCCCGGUGAUUAAAAAGGAUUUUUCUCUCUCA